AUGUCCAAUGCAACUCGUCUCUUCCACUUUGUGGACACAAACCAGCAUGUGAACACCACGGUGGACAUUGAAGCCAUUAUGAAUAAGGUCAGCACCGUCUUCCUCACUAUCAUCAUUCUCCUCGGCACCACUGGGAACUCUGUGGUCAUCUGGGUGGCUGGUUUUCGUAUGAAGCCCAAUGUCACUAAUGUAUGGUUGGUCAAUCUUGCAGCAGCAGAUCUGAUCUUCUGCCUCGCACGAAUCUCUUCACUCAUCUCCAAAAUCUUCUUUGAUUACUGGCCGUUUGGACUCUUUCUCUGCAAGUUCAAUGGUUUCUUCAAGUACGCCAACAUGUUCUGCAGUGUUUUUCUUCUGGCUGUCAUCAGUGUGGAUCGAGCACUCUGCGUCUGGUGUCCGGUGUUCACCAGGGAACGACGGACAGUAUGUGCUGCUCGUGUUGUCAGUGUGGGAGUUUGGAUCAUGGCUGUGAUCUUUAGUUCUCCAUACUUUGUUUAUCGGCAAGUCUUUCCUGAUAGGAACAACUUGAGCCAAUGCUCAUUGAAGGUGAAGGAUGCUGGCAGUUUAGAUAAGUAUGUGUACCACUUUGUUCGUUUCAUCUGUGGAUUCCUGUUGCCCUUUCUGGUCAUCGUUAUCUGCUACACACUGGCUGCUGUUGGGAUCCGCAGAACGAGACUAUCCGGCAAAUCAAGACCUCUUCGCAUUCUUGCUGUUUUGGUCGGUGCCUUUUUCCUAUGCUGGGCUCCAUAUCACUUUCUAGGGCUGGUCAAGUUGGUGAAUGAGGAAAACUUGGCAGUGAAAAUAGGAUGGAGUAUGACUUCAAACUUGGCAUAUUUUAACAGCUGCAUUAACCCACUGCUGUACUUCUGUAUGGGAUUGGAUGUUAGGCAGCUCUGUAAGCAAAGUUUGUCUGGGAUUUUUCAUAGAGCACUUACAGAGGAAGGUCAACAUUUGUACAAGCAAUCCAUUAGGGAAGAAAGCUGCAGUUCCAAGACCGCAAGUGUUAAGUGUGUAAAUAGAGUUUGA